AUGGCGGACAUAAUCAAGGUAUCUUACGCCGGUCGCAUAGCUACCAUCACCAUCGACAAUGACCAGAAACUCAACGCCUUGGAUUUCGAUGGCUACUAUGCCAUCGCUAAGGCUCUUAACGAAAUCGCUUUACGCGACGACAUCUACAUUACAAUAGUCACAGGAAAAGGCCGAUAUUUCUCUGCCGGCGCCAACGUUAACAUGGGCGCUCGGCGACAGCAAGUAGCGGAAAACUCGGAUUUAUAUCGUGUGUGGCUUCAAUCCUUUGUAGCUGGUAACCUAAACACAGCGAGGGCUUUCUACCAGCAUCCGAAGAUCCUAAUCGCGGCACUCAACGGACCGGCCGUCGGCUUAUCGGCGGCAUUGGUCGCACACGCGGAUUUCGUGUACGCUGCACCACACACGUUCUUGCUAAUGCCAUUCUCGUCAUUGGGUUUAGUAGCCGAAGGCGGUUCCUCUCAUGCUAUGGUACAGCGUCUGGGUAUCGCCAAGGCCAAUGAGGCGCUUAUCCAGAGUAAGCGAAUCCCGUGUGAGGAUUUGGUGCGCACGGGAUUCGUGAAUAAGGUAUUCCAAUGCGAGAAGGGAGAUAGUGAUGGUUUCAUGCAGCAAGUUUUGAAGGAAAUCGACGACAGUAUGGGCGAUCACCUAAACAACGAUAGCUUGGUCGGGAUUAAGGCGUUGAUCCAGAAGCCAUUCCAAGAAACACUCGAGAAGCAGAAUGUGGCUGAGGUGUUUGCGGGUCUAAAUAGGUUCGUGACGGGUAUUCCGCUGGAGGAGUUUGAGAAACUAGCAACGGGCAAAAAGAAGCACAAGUUAUAG